AUGGAGAGCGGCUUCGGCUCCGACUUCGGCUCCGCGGGCGGCGCGGGGGGGAAGCUGGACCCGGGGCUCAUCAUGGAGCAGGUGAAGGUGCAGAUCGCCGUGGCCAACGCGCAGGAGCUCUUGCAGCGCAUGACGGACAAGUGUUUUCGGAAGUGCAUCGGGAAGCCGGGCGGCUCCCUGGACAACUCGGAGCAGAAGUGCAUCGCCAUGUGCAUGGAUCGCUACAUGGACGCCUGGAACACGGUUUCCCGAGCCUACAACUCGCGCCUGCAGCGGGAGAGAGCCAACAUGUGAAGCGC